AACUUUUGGCUUUUAAACAGAGAAUUUCUAACGAUGUCGUAACGGCCGUUACAUCCAUCCCUGAUAAAAGUCCGUCGUCAUUUCCUCGGAAUCUAGUUGUGGAGGACAGCGUAUCGAGAUCUGCUCUCGAAUAGCCUGAAAUCGCCCUCGCUCUCUCGCAGACACGAAGAUGGGGCUGUCUUUCACCAAGCUUUUCAGUCGGCUUUUUGCCAAGAAAGAGAUGCGUAUUCUCAUGGUGGGUCUUGAUGCUGCGGGUAAGACCACCAUUUUGUACAAGCUCAAGCUGGGAGAGAUCGUUACCACCAUUCCUACCAUCGGGUUUAAUGUGGAGACCGUGGAGUACAAAAACAUUAGCUUUACUGUUUGGGAUGUCGGGGGUCAGGACAAGAUCCGACCUCUAUGGAGGCAUUACUUCCAAAAUACGCAAGGUCUUAUCUUUGUAGUUGACAGCAAUGAUCGAGAUCGUGUUGUUGAGGCCAGGGAUGAGCUGCACAGGAUGUUAAAUGAGGAUGAGUUGAGGGAUGCGGUGCUGCUUGUUUUCGCAAACAAGCAAGAUCUUCCCAAUGCAAUGAAUGCUGCUGAGAUUACUGAUAAGCUUGGCCUUCACUCCCUCCGCCAACGCCAUUGGUACAUUCAGAGUACAUGCGCCACUUCUGGUGAAGGACUGUAUGAGGGACUAGACUGGCUCUCCAACAACAUUGCUAACAAGGCUUAGAGGAUGCUCUGAUUCCUGAUGGUCCUCGGUUGUCAAAGUCAAGUAUAUUAUUUUGGGUCUUGUUUUAAUGUUGAGAGAGGGAGAGAGAGCACUUAGUUUUAUUGUGUAGUUUUGGACCAUCGCAUUUGUUCCUGUUAUACUGAAAAAUAAUCCAGAAAUUGGUUCACUAGUAGGGUGGAUUGUUUCUCA